AUGGACACCAAAGAAAUGUCGCCGUCUUUCAGCCAUGGCACGACUAAUAGCAUCCAUUCAAGCCCUAAGAGCAACUUGGAGGCGAUACCUAUUGUUGAAGUAGUUGGAGACUCAAGCUCCGAAGCACCUAUGACGAUGAAGAAGUUCUUGGGUCUGACUGCAAUGGCGUUUCUGUGGACUGGCUCUCAGAUUCCAAUCUACCUUUUCGGCGGCAUACCUCCCUAUAUCUAUGCAUCAAUUGGUGGAGCAGAUCGUUGGAUAUGGUUUGUCUUGGCAAACUUGCUCGCUCUCGCAGGUAUCUGCCCAUUCGUCGGUAGUCUAUCAGAUCUGCUCGGUCGUCGAUAUGUCGCUAUCAUCGGUGCAACACUCGUAUGUCUUGGUUUAAUUGUAUCGAGUACCGCCAACACCAUGAACACUUUUAUCGGAGGAAUGGCCAUUUCGGGUGCUGGAGCAGGCAUCAACGAAUUGACCGCCCUCUCAGCCACUGCCGAAAUGGCACCAACCCGCAAACGUGGUACAUACGUCGCUGCCCUGAUAUUGACAAUCUUGCCGUGGUCGGCCUCAGUCAUGUGGGCUCAACUUAUUGCCUACCAUUCAAACUGGAGAUACGUCGGUCUACUAGCUGGUAUCUGGAACGGUAUCGGAUUGAUUUGUACUGUGUUCUUCUACUUCCCACCCAAGCGAGACAAUAGUCAAGGUCUAUCGAAGAAGGAGAUUAUUUCCAGGAUUGAUUUUGUGGGUGGAUUUUUGAGUAUUGCUGGCUUGAUUUUGUUUUUGGCCGGGAUGCAAUGGGGUGGUUAUCAGUAUUCGUGGAAGACAGCUCAUGUCUUGGUUCCCCUAAUCCUUGGAUUUUUCAUUCUUGUCGCCUUCGGUUUCUGGGAAGCUUACGGCGCACGGUAUCCCAUGAUCCCUAAAAAGAUAAUGCAGGAACCUCGCACACUCGGUCUGACGCUAUUGAUUACUUGGAUCUCCGGCGCAAACUUCAUAUCUGUCAUUCUCUUCUGGCCGACGCAGAGCUUUAAUCAAUUCGGUCAUGAUCCCGUGGGAGUUGGCCUUCGUUCUCUACCGGUUGGAUAUGGUAUCUUGGCUGGCGCAUGUAUCACACUUUGUUUGUUGUCGUAUAUGAAGGGUCAAAUCAAGGCGUUGAUGAUUGGAAGCAGUGUCUUGAUGACUGCCGGAUGCGGAGCCAUGGCUGUUGCGCGAACCGACAAUCUCAGCACUCUAUGGAUCAUUCUGAUCAUCGGAAGUCUUGGAAUUGGUGGUAUUGUCGUCCCAGCAAGUAUUAUGACGACCAUAAUUUGCCCAGAUGACCUCAUCGCCACAAUCGCAGCCCUUACACUCUCCAUCCGCGUCGUCGGCGGCGCAAUCGGCUACACCAUCUACUUCAACAUCUUCAUCAACAAAUUCACCACAAACUCCGUCCACUACAUCGGUGGUCUGAUGGCUACCGAACUAGGCAUUACAAACGUAACUUAUAUCACCGAGGCAAUUGAACUAACCACCGCCUCGUUGCUGGAAGAAUUGCAGACUAUCCCCGGUAUUGCCGGAAACACCACUGCGUAUGAGAUGGUUGUUGCGGCGGGCCAGGUUGCGUAUGCUGAAAGUUACAAGUAUGUUUAUUUGGCAUCUAUUGCGUUUGGAGCGCUGUCGAUUGGGGCCUCGUUGUUUUUGGAUGAUAUUACCAAGUAUAUGGAUGAUCAUGUUGCGGUUCAGUAUCAUUGA